CUUCAAACUGCCCAGAAAAAUGCAGAAUCCUUUUGAAACCUCUUCAAAAAUAUACCGACAAAAAACCCCAACAAACAUAAAGAUAGAAGAGACAGAAGCCCAAACAACAGCUUUUCUUGUCUCUCUGCUUCGUCAAUAAUCUCUUCAGGUGCGUGUGGGAUAAAAAGAUGUAUCUACCGGUUUAGAUUACUCGCAUUUCCGCGGUUACUAAGAUGCUGUGUGACUGAGCUUUAAUGUUAUGGGUUCAUUUGCCGGAAAGUGUGAAAUAGUUGAAGAAAAAGAAGACCGUCAAAACUCGAUUGGUUACUCAGCGAAAUCAACCACUAUUCCACAUUCUAGAUCAAGCAUUGUCGACGACAAGGAUCUGGAGCGACCGGUACUGAAAUUAGGUUACAGAGGUUCACUAGAAGAUGACAUAAACCAACUUUUCGAGUCUAUAAGCAUUCGAACAUCAGGAAUGAUUCCUUCUUACCAAGUUGGUGCAACUAGUAGCAGUAGAAACAACACUCCUUUACAACGGAAUGCUUUGAAGAGUCCCGCGAAUCCCGCAGGACCUCGAUCGCCUAGCAAGAGAAAUGCGGAACCAGCGACGUUAAAACAAGCUUUGAGAGAUUUAUGCGUCACUAAGGCAUCGGAAACCGCAGCUACCAAACGGAUUCCUAAGAGUACUAGUACUGGAGGCUCAGUUUAUGGUUCGGUUUUGGUUGAACCGGGAAGUGGAGCUAGCGAAGAAGGGAAAGCGGUUCUUGUCGAGUUACUCGGCGAGGAUCAAAGCAGUUCAUCGGAUAGUAUAUCGCAGCAGCUUCGUCUUCUGAAGAUACAUUCUUCUAGCCAAAACUCUCAGACAUCAAAGCGGUAUUGCGAUGAGAUGACAAUACUUAAAAAACACAAGAACCUGUCUCUUGACGACCAAGAAAUGAGUAUCGAGAACAAGAACUUCGGUUCAUCAUCGCCCGGAUCAGGAAACAACAAGACCGUGGUUGGACUGAAAUCAGUUAGAAAAGUGAGGUUGUUGUAUGCCAAUACACCGAGUUCCACCAUAGUUAACGGGAAGAGAGUGGCUAAGUUAACCAGAACCAUUCCAAGAGGAGGAGGAGCUAAACCUGCACUAAGGAACAAAGGUUCCAUGAAGAAGAAGGCUACAAAUGUGUAUGAUGAAGUAGAUGGCUUCUAUGAUCCCAUUGCAAAGGAACUUCUCUGCCAUAGAUGCCAUUUCUCUUUGAAGAACACUGCAGCUAAGGAAGAUCCCUCUAAAGAUUCACUUGUAGAACCACAUGAGAUCUGUGCUAAAGAUGAAUUGGCUUCUGAUUUCUCCAGCUCAAGCUAUGAGAGCUCGCAUGAGAUCAGUGCUAGUGCAGAGACCAAACUUGAUAAGAUAAGAAGCUCUCUGGAUUUGAUGAAUUCAGAGACCUCUCACGUUUCUUUAACAUCUGCAUUCCGUAAUAAGAACAUCAAAGAUGUUUCUGAAUACGGCAACAAUGAGAUCAUGGAGGAAGAUUCUCUAUCUGGCAAAGAAGUUGAUCAGAAAGAUUCUGUCUUUAUGUCGGAACAGAGCGUGGAGAUUGGUUCUUUCAGUGAGAAAUCUGUUGUGAUGAAUCCAGAUAGUCCUCCAAACAAACUCAGUUUAGGCGGAGCAGCCAUUGAAGAUGUCAACGAAAACUCAGAAAUCAUAAACAAAGGCGACGGAUACAACAGUUCAACCACGAGUAUCAGCGAGGAAGAAGUACAACAACAGAGUAAUAAUAUAAUGACAAGGUCUAGCUUUGGAAACAGACCUCAUAUGUCUAAGGAUGUGAGAUGGGAAGCUAUUCAGCAUAUAAGGGCACAACACGGGCUUGGUUCAUUGGGUCUUAGGCAUUUCAAUCUUCUGAAGAAGCUCGGCUGCGGAGAUAUUGGAACGGUUUAUCUCGCUGAGCUCACGGGAACAAACUGUUUGUUUGCUAUAAAAGUGAUGGAUAAUGAAUUCUUGGAGAGAAGGAACAAGAUGUCUAGGGCUCAAACUGAGAAAGAUAUUCUCAAAAUGCUUGAUCACCCGUUUCUUCCAACGUUAUACGCUCACUUCACUUCGGAUAACUUAUCUUGUUUGGUCAUGGAAUGUUGUCCGGGAGGUGAUUUACAUGUCUUAAGGCAGAAGCAGCCCGGAAGGUGGUUUCCCGAGCCAGCAGCUAGGUUCUAUGUCGCGGAGGUGCUUCUUGCAUUGGAGUAUUUGCAUAUGCUCGGGGUAAUAUACCGAGAUUUGAAGCCCGAGAACAUUUUGGUACGUGAUGAUGGACAUAUCAUGGUGACAGAUUUUGAUCUCUCUUUGAGGUGUACCGUGAGCCCAACGCUUCUAAACUCAUCAUCUCCACUCCAUGCGGAUGCAAUGAGACUCUCUUCGGGUAGCCGCACUGGAUCUAACUGCAUCGAGCCAUCGUGUUUCCGCCCUAAACUCUCCCGCGGAUCAGGGCCCAAGAAAAAAGGCAAACAACACCGCAUGAUGAUGAAAAAACUCAAGAAAUCUGACCUAAUCGCGCGGUUCAAAUCAUUGCCACAGCUCGUGGCAGAACCAACAGAUGCGAGAUCAAACUCUUUUGUUGGAACACACGAGUAUCUCGCGCCCGAGAUCAUUAAAGGAGAAGGUCACGGUGCUGCGGUUGACUGGUGGACAUUUGGGAUCUUUCUAUAUGAGCUUCUUUACGGGAAAACUCCAUUCAAAGGAGCUACUAAUGAGGAGACUAUAGCUAAUGUGGUGCUUCAGAGCUUGAAGUUUCCUGAUAACCCUAAUGUGAGUUUCCAAGCUAAGGAUCUUAUAAGAGGUUUGUUGGUCAAGGAACCUGAGAACCGGUUAGGGACAGAGAAAGGAGCAGCGGAGAUAAAACGGCAUGCGUUCUUCGAAGGCUUGAACUGGGCGUUGAUCCGGUGUGCGAUCCCGCCUGAGCUUCCGGAUUUCUAUGACUAUGGAGUUCCUAAUCAAGAAGGGAAAAGCAAUUACUUAGAUUGCAAGGCAGUUGGGGAACAUCUUGAGUUUGAGUUAUUCUAGAGGAAGAUGAAGAAGCUUACGUAUUAUUACAGCCUUUCAUAGAACUCUUGCUUGUAUCCUAAGUUACAGAGUCACUUUUUGGUUUAUUAUUAUUUGUUUCAUUUUUUUAAAGAAGUAUUGUUAUUUUAUUUUACUUUUUG